AUGACGAAACUCUUUACCCCCAUCCACGUCGGUCGCCUGGACCUUUCCAGCCGCAUCGUCAUGGCCCCAAUGACUCGCUUCCGCGCCGACGACAACCAUACCCCGCUACCAAUGGUCGCCGAAUACUACGCCCAGCGAGCCUCAACACCAGGAACGCUCCUAAUCACCGAAGCCACCUUCAUCACACCCCAAGCGGGUGGUGCACCAAACAUCCCAGGAAUCUGGAACGACGCCCAGAUCGCCGCCUGGAAGGAGGUCACUUCCGCCGUGCACGCCAAGGGCUCCUACAUCUACCUCCAACUAUGGGCUCUAGGCCGCGUCGCAAACGCCGACCAACUCAAAUCCGAAGGCGGCUUCCCCGUCGUCUCUAGCAGCCCGAACCCUGUCACUCCCGACGCUCCAGUCCCACAUGCACUCACGGAAUCCGAGAUCCAAGACUGGAUCAAGGACUACGCCCAAGCCGCUCGCAACGCCGUCGCAGCAGGCUUCGACGGCGUCGAGAUCCACGCUGCCAACGGCUACCUCAUUGACCAGUUCACUCAGGACACCGUGAACACCCGCACGGAUCGCUGGGGCGGCAGCGUCGAGAACCGCGCCCGUUUCGCAGUCGAAGUAACUCGCGCCGUGGUCUCCGCCGUCGGCGCAGACCGCACGGGUAUCCGCUUCAGCCCCUUCAGCCCCUUCCAGGGAAUGCGCAUGGCCGACCCAAUUCCGCAGUUCAGCUACCUGGCGCGCGCAAUGGCCGAGUUCAAACUUGCAUACGUGCACGUCGUCGAGUCGCGGAUUGCGGGUAACGCCGACGUCGAAGCGACGGAUCAAUUGGAUUUCUUCCUCGAGGCGUAUGGGAAGACUAGCCCCGUUAUUAUUGCGGGCGGUUACAAACCCGAUUCGGCGCGCGACGCGGUUGAUAACAAGUACAAGGAUUACGACGCGAUUAUUGGGUUCGGACGGCCGUUUAUUUCGAACCCGGAUUUGCCGUUUAGGGUUCUGAAGGGCUUGCCGCUUCAUCCUUAUGAGAGAGAUACUUUCUAUCUGCCCAAGGACCCGAAGGGAUACGUUGAUUAUGAGUUCAGUGCGGAGUUUAAGACUGCGCAGGCGGCGGCUUAG